GGGCGGCGGCGGUGGUGCUUCACCCCCCCCUCCCUUUCCCCCUCUCCCUUUCCCCAUCCUCCCCUCCCCGGCUCAUCCCGCUGCCUCCGAGGGCUUCCACCGGCUGCCCGCCCAUCCCGGAGCCCGUCCCGGAUCCUGUCCCGGAUCCCGCCCGGCUCGGCCCGCCCGCCGCCCGCCAUGCUCUCCGGGGCUCCCCCGCCGCCCGCCGGGUUUCCCAGCCCCCCCCAGCCGCCGCCGCCGCCCCCGCCGCCCGCAGCUCCCCCUCCCCACGGGCCGCCGCCGUUCCCGGGGAAGGGCGGCCUGCAGAUCCGGAAGAAUGCCAUCACGGACGACUACAAGGUCACCACGCAAGUGUUGGGGCUGGGGAUCAACGGGAAAGUUUUGGAGAUCUUCAGUAAGAAGAGCGGGGAGAAGUUCGCUCUCAAGAUGCUGCAGGACUGCCCGAAGGCCCGCCGGGAAGUGGAGCUGCACUGGAGGGCAUCACAGUGCGCCCACAUCGUCCGCAUCAUGGACGUCUACGAGAACCUCUACCAGGGGAGGAAGUGUCUGCUCAUCGUCAUGGAGUGCUUGGAUGGCGGGGAGCUCUUCAGCAGAAUUCAAGACAGGGGAGACCAGGCCUUCACAGAACGGGAGGCUUCAGAGAUAAUGAAGAGCAUUGGGGAAGCCAUCCAGUACCUCCACUCGAUCAACAUCGCACACCGGGACGUGAAGCCCGAAAACCUCCUGUACACCUCCAAAAGGCCCAACGCUGUGCUGAAACUCACGGAUUUUGGCUUUGCUAAGGAAACCACCACGCACAACUCCUUGGCCACCCCGUGCUACACCCCCUACUACGUGGCCCCAGAGGUGCUUGGCCCAGAGAAGUAUGACAAGUCCUGUGACAUGUGGUCCCUCGGUGUCAUCAUGUACAUUCUGCUGUGUGGGUACCCCCCCUUCUACUCCAACCAUGGCCUGGCCAUCUCACCGGGCAUGAAGAAACGGAUCCGGAUGGGCCAGUACGAGUUUCCCAAUCCCGAAUGGUCCGAAGUGUCAGAAGAAGUCAAGCAGCUGAUCCGCAACCUGCUGAAAACCGACCCGACCCAACGCAUGACCAUAACAGAGUUCAUGAACCAUCCCUGGAUCAUGCAAUCCAUGCAGGUGCCCCAGACCCCGCUGCACACCAGCCGUGUGCUGAAAGAGGAGAAGGAUCUGUGGGAGGACGUGAAGGAGGAGAUGACGAGCGCCUUGGCCACCAUGCGUGUGGACUACGAACAAAUCAAGAUCAAGAAAAUUGAAGAUUCCUCCAACCCUUUGCUGAUGAAGAGGAGGAAGAAAGCAAACCCCCCCGAGCCCACCGCCCUCCCCCACUGAGGGUGCUCCCCACCCGCCGGCCCUCGAGAAAGCAAUAACUAUAUAUAUAUAUUUUUUAAGGAAAAAAAAAAAGACAAAAAGAGACAGACUGUUAUAUCGAGCGCAUGGAAUUCAGACAUUUAUACCAGACUAGUUAUUUUUAGCUACUCACCCGUGUUUCUGACCUUUCUGGAGCAGGCGGUAAGAUCCCCCCUCAGAUCCACGUGUUGGGCUUGGGGAUUUCUUUUCUUGUCCCUAGGUGAUCACCGCCAGUAAUUGGAUCUUUUGUUGGGUUUUUUUUUCCCUUUUGUGAAACAGUUUUGAUUUUUGUUUUUUCUUCCUUCCUUCCAAAGACAUGGAAAUUCCUGUGGUGACCUUUUUAGGGUAUAUAUAACGUAUAAAUAUUUUUUAAAAAAAAACCACCAACUACUGUAGAGCUGAAACCCAGACAGUGUGUUCCCUGCCUGGAUGCUGCCUAGAGAUGGGUUCUGCCCUUGGGAAGGGGUCGGGGGGGGACAGGGAGAUAAAAAGGAGAAGAAGGGGAGCUGCCUUCUGCCCCGACCCGCUGUGCGUGGCAGGGCUGGCAGCAGGACAUUGUGUUUGGCCUGGAAAACUGCUGCUUUUAAAGCAAAAAAACCACAAAAAACCCCAACCAACCAAACCCCCCCCCCUCAUCCCCUCCCCAUCCCUGUGUCUGUCUGUCUCUCUGUGCCUGGGGUGUGUGUUGUGUCCCUGGGGAUGCUCCCGGUCCCUGCAGCCUGGAAUCCAGCUCUGACCUCAGGAGGGGACAGGGGGGAGCGGGAGGUUGGUGGCCCCCUCAUCCCCCCCCUGUUUGUGGGGUACAAGAUGCUCCCUCCAGCCCCUGGGGAAAAGCAGGGGCCAUGGGGGGAGUGGUUGGGGGUGUUGUGGGGCCAGAACUCCAGCACUGUGCCCUCCCCAGCUGGGUGUGUGGCUCCUGCCAGUCUGGCUGUUCUCAAGUCUUUAGUCCAUGAAUUAUUAUAAGUAUAAUUAUUAUUAUUAUUAUUGUUAUUGUUAUUAUUUGUCACAACGUUUUCACUGCGUUAAAUGUGUUUGAAUGGGGAAAGAGAAAAACAUUUUUUUUAAGGCAACGUGUAGUUUUUAGGUGAUCUUUUAGGCACUGUAUGGAGUUUUAAUUUGUUUUAAAA